UCUCAUUAGCUAAAGUAUGUCCUGGUGAAUGCUAACAAAAGAUCUUUUAAGUUUUUAUUUUACCCUAAAAUGAUGAGGUUGGAUGUGGCUAUCCAUUGCAGAAGCACAUAUGGACAGACAAACCCAGUAUGAUGUUUCAGCUUUUUAGAAAAAAAACAUAUGAAAGAGGAAGAGAAAAUAAACUGUUAAACUAUCCGAGGCUAUAGGGAACAGAAGCGAGGUUAAAAAAGGCCAGUAAACACUAUGCAAAAUGUACUGUAGAAGCUUACAGAGCAUGGCAGUGUAAAUAAAAGAGUAAAUAAAAUUGAUUAAAAAACUAAGCAGACAAUACUUUAGGCAUUGGAUUAACAGGUAGACUGUGCCGAGAUCGGACAGGGUGCUUGCAAGGUAAGGUAUGCAGGCGUGGGGGGGGAAAUGACAGAGGACACUGCGUACUGUGUGGAGGUGGGCAGGAGAGCAGAACGGACAGAGUGACAUUGGGUGCGUUUGUAACCUAGCACCUCACCUUCCCGUUCUCUCUACAGGUGGAGGCUCUGGCUCCGAAUCGGACAAGCUGCAGCUAGCAGCAGGAAGUGGGAGAAAGACAUUGACAGAAAUGUUGGACACCAUCCAGCUUUCCAUUUCUCUGGGCUGAAAAUGAAAAAUGAAGACAGGAAAACUUAAACUUGCCCCAGAAGGACUUGAGCCUGGUUUCAGAUUCUGUUUGGAGCUAUUUUUGAGAUGGUUUUGGUUCAUGGUUAAUGCCACUACACUUUGAAGAUUCAGUGUGUGGGUACAAGAAUAACAGGAUGGAGAUCCCAGACCCAGGACAAGAGCAGGAGGGUGACUCUGAACCCAACCAGAGGACACCAGAGGGAAUAAACGCAUUGACACAACAGGCCUUCAUUGAGUUUCGCAUACAGCAGCUUUACAACAGGCGUCUCCUUCUGAUGAAGAGACAGAGCAUCAAGAAGAAGGCGGAGAACACCAGUGACAAGACCACAGAGGAAAUAACCAGUGAGGAGGGCAACACUGAACUGUGUGAGCUGGAGGCCGUCCAGAAGGAGAUAGAAGAGCUGCUGGUUAAAAAGGCAGAGCUGGAGGAACAGGGAAAGAGCUCCGAACUCAGUCAACAGGAUGUGCGUCCCACUUCUUAUAAAUCUGAGAUACCCCGUGGGGGGAUCUACCUGCUGCCGCCUCCCCAGCUUACAAAGGACAUUACACUGGAGCAGAGAGAAGAAACUAGGCCUGAGGAAGAAACACCAACAGACACUGCCAUUCCAGAAGUUAACAGUCUGGGUCUGACGCCAGCUGUGACCCAGUGUCCAUCUUGUCAAGAGGUCAUCGUCACACAAACCCACCGCACAGUGGGUCAAUCUAUGUGGGUGCUUUGCUGCAUGUCCGCGAUGAUGGGGUGUGUCGCAGGCUGCUGUUUAAUCCCUUUCUUCAUGGACAAACUGAAGGACGUCCGCCACCAGUGUCCCCAGUGCAAGGCACGCAUACACACCCACCUGAUAUUUUGACAUGGAUACUAUAUUAAAAGCUGUGGUCUGAUUCGGGCAGUACGACCCACAGCUUCUGGACUCGAGAGACCGUUUCCUGUGGUAUUGGAGCUGGUUGGGACUCUAGUUUGAACUUUUAACUCUACCACUGAUCUUUGAGUUUGCCUACCAGAAUAUCAGCACAACAUAGACUCAGCUCACUUCAAACAUGUCCACACUAUAUAUGUGUUAUAUGCGUCAGCUAUUAGGCGGGACCAGGCAAAUAACCUCCCUGAUCAAGA